AUGGGUACCAUAUCGCUCGUCUAUUUCACGGCAGUCGGCUCUGAGAUCCUCACAGAACUGCCUAUUGAAGGUGACUGCUCGACUUUUUAUCUUCCCGAUGACCCAGUAGAAGAUGCCCUGAUUGUCACCCCCGAUAUGGAUGUGCGGCAUUCUAACCUCUGUCUUGAGGUUCACCAGACCUUCGUCCUCCUCCGCACUUUCAAUGACAGCGGUGGUCCAUGUUGUGUGCUUGGUGACGGAGGCGUCAACAUUGAGCUGCCUCUUUCCAUUGACUCUCACCACAAGUCCUUCAUCCUGGGCACCGACGUCCAUUUCGUGGGACCAUCUGGCCGUUGGGGUCUUCGGUGGGGUGAUAUGGAUGGAGCAGGCUCGAAUUCCAUGAGACCUCCACCGCUACCAUCAGUCAAUCCAUGCACCGAGACACGCUUGCCAACUGAAGAGCUAUUGCAGGAGCCGGUGGAUGUCGAGGCAGUGGCGGUAAACGCAGCCAGCCAGGACCACUCCGACAAUUCCACUUGCUCCCCAACUCCAUCGCCACAAGACGGUAGGGACGAGGAUGGAACUCGGGCAAAGGAAAAAGAAACAUUUGAAGAGGUUCUCGGCGAGUCCGGGGUCCCAAGUACGCCGCAGGAUGUGCCUUGUACCAGCGACCAAGACUCAAUUAAGAAGCUGAAGGGUGUGUCAGACAAUGCUCAAGCUACACCAAGUAUUCCCACCGUGGCAGAACAUGAGCCUAAGCCGCGAAAAUGUUUGUCUGUCUCUGUUGAAAAUGUCGCUGCGCAAGGUCGAGAUCUUCCAUCUACAGAAGACAUAGCGGACACUCCAUCAAACUUCCCUGACGCCCAGAAGCCGUUUCAAGGCAAAGAUGAUGCCACUGCUGCGUCAGCGUCUGAGAAACGAAGGGGCAAGCGAAAGCUUGCGGAGGUUGAAGCCGCCGAUUUGAGUACGGAAAUCAUGGAUGCUCCGUCUACUAUAUCAGAUGAUGGUGUUUCAGUUGAAGUUAGCAUUGUAAUCACUAAUUCCGAGGACAAAAAAACACAAACAGGGACGCGAAAGAAGAAAGUGGCGAAAUCAUCAACUGACCAGUCAAACCCCCCUGAGCCAUCGACAGCAACAAAUACAACUCCAGACAGCAGCUUAUCAAAUGAACAAGCAUCCCCCAAAAGAAGACUGACCAGGCAGACAGACUUUACAUCCCCCAGGAAAUAUACUGCUGCUGCUGCCCCUGUGGUGAUCUUCAGCGGCAGUACCAGCAUCCAAGAGAAAAGGCCUGCGAUGCGAACCUUUGGGCGUCUUGGAGGCAAAGUGAGCACAGAAAUCAACAAAGCAACAAUUUUGUGCAUCCCGGAAGGCCCUUUGAAGAAGACCGGAAAGCUGGUCAUGGCUGUGGCCAUGGGGAUGGACAUCGUGACAGAGAAAUGGAUUUCUGACGCACAUCGACUUGGACGACUCCCAGCAAUUGAAGGGUAUCUACCGCUGGAUAGAUCUCGAGAGCGGCAGUGGGAUUUUAACCUCAAGGAUGCUCUUAGUCGGGGCAAGACUGGGUUGACACAUCUGCUUUCAGGCACCACGGUCUUUCUCACGAAGCAGCUCAGAAAUGACUUGGGAAAUCUGGAGCGUGAGAUUUCUCAAAUCGCCACCAUCCUGGGUGCAGAUGCAGUCAAGCAUCGUUUGCCAGCCCUCAAAGACAAGGGCAAGUUCAGCGAGGAAAAGACCUUGAUUAUCGGCAUACCUGGCGAUCCCCAGGGUGCUCACAUUGGAAGGCUGGGCCACACGCUCUUCAACAAAGAUAUCUUGAUCAUGGCUGCUCUAAGAGGCCAAGUCGAACGACAAUCUGCAGAUUUUAGGAUCGAAGUGCCCAUCAAGGACGAGAUCGAAGACAUGUGA